AUGAAAUCAUUUCAAUGUAUGAAUCAUAAACAAGAUAUUGUUUAUUAUUGUAAUGAUCAAAAUUGCGAGAAUAGAUGUCUGUGUGCAUAAUGCGAACAUGAACAUGAUAAAACUCCAGUUUAAAAUUUAUUAGAAGGUUAUAACAUAAAAGAACUUGUCUAAUGCUUUUAAAGUUUUAAAUAAAUAAUAAAUGAUCUAAUGACAAAGAUGGAACAUGAAUUGAGUUAGCAUCUUUAAUAAAUAAAAUAGCCUUAAGCAAGUGUUUAAAAUUUAGAAUAAUUUGAUAAACGAUUGAGUGAAAUCUCAAAUAUCUAAAAUACAUUAUAGGCGAAAAUAAAAAAUAGAUUACAGCACAUAAUUAAUACUUUAAAAGGAUAGGAUUUAGAUUAAAGUCCAAUUAAUAUAAUUGAUACCAGAAGGAAAGAACAUUCUAAAUCAAUUAUACUCAGUUAGGCCUAAAUAUAAUAAGAUAUCAUAAAGAAAACAAAACAAUCAAAAAUAUUUAAAAUGAAUGUUGCUCAUUCAAAUUAACAAGAUACUCAAUAAAUAAUUUAACAACCCAAUCUAAAUUUAGAUAGAGUUGAAGUAGCAAGAUUAUAAUAAUUAAGUACAUAAGAUUGGGCUUGGAAGAUGAGUUCAUCAACAGUGUUUUGUUGUAUAUUUUCAUCAUUAAGAGAUUUGAAAAUCAUAGGAUUUUUAUAGCCAUGUUUAUUUAAAAGCAGUACUAAAAAUUAUCAAAAAAAAUCAGCAGUUAUUAAUUUUGGUAUAUAUAAUAAAAAAAAUUUGACAAAGUAACCAAUUCAUAUAGAGAAAUUCACAUUACGACAUAGCAAAAUGAAUAUAGUACAUGAUUGUUAUGAAUUGAUGUUAAGUAAACCAAUAGCGUUAAAGGAAUUUACAGAAUAUUCAAUAGCAAUUUGGCCAAGCAAAGUCUUGUAUUGUCACUAUUUUAGUAUUGCUGCCCCUAUUAAUCCAUUUAUAGCAUUUCAAACUUAAGAUUUUAAUGAUAAUCCAAAAAUAAAAAGAUCAGAAGAGUUUCCAUAAGUAAUUUCAACAUUUAGAGCAGGUUUAGUUCCAUAUUUAAUAAUUGAUCCAAGAGAAUAAUUAUGA